AUGGAAGGGCUCGUGGAGGAAGUAAAGCGAAUGUUAUCGGAAGUGGUCAAUUCGCUUGCCAAGUUAGAGUUAAUUGACAGCAUGACCAAAUUGGGGUUGUCCAACCUUUUUGAAAAUGAAAUGAAAGAAGCUCUUGAAAUAGUUGCAUCCAUCAACAAUGAUGUUUUCACCAUGGAAGAACAUCUCUAUGCCAGUGCACUUCGGUUUAGACUCCUUAGACAGCAAGGCCAUAUCAUUUCGCAAAAUGAAUUAAGGAGCUUCAAAGAAGGAAGCAUCUUAUUCAACAGAAGCAAUUGCGAAAAUGUUGAAGCUAUGAUAGAGCUUCUUGAGGCUUCACAUCUGGCUUUGGAAGGUGAAAACAUUUUGCACGAAGCGAAAGCCUUCUCAACUGGGAUUCUCCACGAGAGAGUCUCUGGUUUGGACAGUCGGCUCUUUAAAUGCGCCGUCCACGCUUUGGAGCUUCCGUUGCAUUGGAGGGUCCAGUGGUUCGAUAUCAAGUGGCAAAUAAGCUUGUACGAGCAACGGGAGGACAAGCAAAGCAAUCUGCUUGAGCUUGCCAAGCUCAAUUUCAACACGGUCCAAGCCACACACCAAAGAGAUCUUAUAGAGAUAUCCAGGUAA